AUGCGAACGGCAACGCACCGCGCCUUUGCCUCCCACCGCUGGACGCUCGCCGCCGACGCGGAUGACGCCACAGCGCUCACGUGGUCCGUGGGCCUCCAGGCCGCCGACCCGCGCCGCCUCGACGACGCCGUGGCCGCCGUCUCCGAUCCAACGCGGUCGACGUACGGUCGGUACUUGGACGCGGCAGCAGUGGAUGCACUCGCUGCACCGGCGCCCGAGACGCUCGAGGCCAUCCACGCCUGGCUCGGCCACCGACGCACGUCUUAUUGCGCAGCGACCAACAUCCUCACUGUGUUUAGCUCCGUCGGCGAGACGCGCCAGCUCUUUCGUACCGAGAUUGCAGCCUUCCAGAGCGUGCAGCACGGACAUCGCAUCCUUCGGGCAUCGAGAGUGAUGCGUCUGCCCGAGCACAUCCACAGGCACGUCUCGUUUGUGAGUCUCAACUCGGCGCCGCUGUCGUUAUCGCCGUUGACCGCAACGAUCUCGAAGCAAGCUAGCAGCUACAUGACGCCCACCAAGCUCCGCAAGCUCUACAACGUCCCGUCAAGCGCUUCUGUGACGCAGGCGACGCAGGCCAUUCCAGCAUUUUACUCGCAAAACUGGGCGCCGUCGGACCUCGCCGCCUUUGAGAAGCUGCAUAAACUGGUGCCUGCGCCGGUACGGGAGCGCGGCAGUCGACGCAACAACCCGCAUCCUGAAGACGCGACGGGCGAAGUCUCGCUCGAUCUGCAGUACAUAACAGCGAUGGCACCCGACGCGACGACGACCGUGUGGACGAUGAACAGCACCAACCCGUUCUCAACAAACGACGAGCCGUUCGUGGACUGGGCCGCCGACGUCUUGCGGGACCCGAGUCCGCCGCUCGUACACUCGCUCUCGUACGCCGACGACGAAGACCACAUCAUGGAGGUCGCCAAAGAGUAUGCGCUGCACCUCGACACGCUGCUGCAAAAGAUGGCAGUGCGCGGCCUCACGGUGCUCGUGGCCAGCGGCGACGACGGCGUCGCAGGGCAACACAUUCAUGCCAAGAAGAUGAGUAUCGACGCAGGCUGCGCCACUUCGGGGCCCCAGUGGCCGUCGUCCAGCCCGUACGUGACCUCGGUGGGCGCUACGCAGCUCGAUGCAAACAGUGUCGAGGUGGUUUGUUCCGGUGCGCUCCACGGCGGCAUCACAUCGGGCGGCGGCUUCUCCAACGUCUACGCAGCGCCCGCCUACCAAAAGCAAGCCGUGGCCGCGUACCUUGCGUCGCCCGCGUGUCCGACCAAGCCCGGCUUCUUCAACCCUCAAGGUCGAGCGUACCCCGACAUUGCCCUUAUCGGCGCCCAUUACAGCGUGAUUGUCAACGGCAAAGUCAAGGGUAUCAGCGGCACGUCGGCGUCAACACCGGCGUUGGCAGGCCUCGUCACGCUCUGGAACGACCAGCGACUCGACGCCGGUCUCCCUCCCCUCGGGUUUCUCAACCCGCUCUUGUACGAGAUCGGCCGCCACCACAAAAGAGCAUUCCACGACGUUGUCAGCGGCAACAACGGCGCGGCUCGGAAUGGCAGCUACAGCUGCCCUACCUCGUUUGGAGCUGGACCGGGUUGGGACGCGGUGAGCGGCUGGGGCACGCCGCGCUUUGACGUCCUCUCGACGCUCAUGGUGGCGACGACGCAUCGCCCCCAUCUCACAACAAGCGAGCACACCAAUUACUACACGAUCGGACUUGUGCUCACGGCGGGACUCGCUUUGCUCGCGCUGCUGCUGCUGCUCGUGCACCGCCGCGUCCGCACCAACAAGCGCAAGCGUGCGUACGUCCGCCUCGAGAUGCCAUCGACGACGGCCUAG